UAGAAUCCAAAGUGUAUGACAUCUCAAGAAAAAAAAAGCACCGAAAUGUGCGCUGCUUUUCGGUCUGGUUACUACCGUUUAUGUGGAACACAUAUUUGUCCUCUUCGUGUUCUGAACCUUAAUCAUCUUUGUUUAUUGUAUUUAGGGAGCAGAUGGAGAACACUGAUGUGAAGAAGAUCAUUCAGGAUAUUUAUGAAGCAGACAAAGCUCAGGCCAAAGCUAACAACCUCUUGGAGAGAGCGAGCAGAAACAAAGAUGAGACCAAAGACAGGAUCCGAGAUGCUGAAGACACACUGGACAACAUCGAGGAGAGGCUCAUGAUUCAGACCAAAGACCUGCAGAAAGAGAUUGAAGCUAUGAAGGACAAAACUGAAGAGAACAGAGAGACAGCGAGAGAAGCCAGAGAGGUGGCAGAGAGCGCUUUAAACAUGACCACUGAUGCAGACACGGAGCUCAGUGAUGUCACUAAGCAGUUUGAGGUUUUAAAGCAAAAUCAACAGAAUCAGGAGGUCAAGGGUCAAGCUGCUGGUCGACUGAAGAACAUCAUGAUGGAAGCUGAGGACAUGAAGAGACAAGUGGAGGACAAACUCCAGCAGAUACAAGGUCAGACCGCUGACCUGCUGGUGUGUUUGAGGCGUGAGGUGUGACCUUCAGAUAAACUCUGAGGCACUGAAAUGUCAUUUCUGUCGUCACUGGACAAAGUAAAAUCCCUGUCCCCAUCACAGCUUUGCUUCUGUGUU